AUGCGGGGAUGGCUGGAAGAUGCAAUCAUAGAUGACAUCAGUGAGAACAUCAGUGACGACCUUGCCACAGUUCGGAACUGGCUACUUAAAAACCCGGAGACCGCAGUGCCACUCCAGCAGGACGUCUCGUGGGUAGAAGAUGCGAUGGCCUCUGGGGACAUAGAUGGGUUCAUCCGUGCAUUCCGGAAGCACUGGCAGAUGUGGCACAAGACUCAGGAGGUGGAAUCCCACACUGUCGGCAUGCUGUACGUCAAGUGCUGGGUCAACGGCUGCCCCGCCAAGGCGUUAGUUGACACAGGUGCACAGAGGACAACCAUGUCAACAGCGUACGUCAAGCGCAACAAUUUACAGCGAAUGGCGAACAUGCGCAGGACUGGUGUUAUUGGUAAAAGGCAUAUAGUUGGCUGUGUCCCCAAGGCACAGCUGCGGAUUGGGAUGGAACUCUUACCUGCAUCCAUUGACAUCGUGGAAGGGCAGCCAAUGGACCUUGUACUUGGCCUAGAUAUGCUGGUUGCACACCAUUGCUGCAUUGACCUGCACAUGAAUGUGCUGCGUGUUGGCACAUCAAGCACGGAGACGCCAUUCCUGCUGCAGUGGGAGCCGGAAGGUAGCACCCAGCCCUCGGAGACCAGGGGGAGCAUCUCAGUCAAGCCAGUGGGGCAGCCCAUGUCUGUGGUGGAGGACAUCGAGCUGCCACGUCCCAUGCAGGACUCGGAUGCUGCUGGUGUGGCACCCCAGAGAUGGCAGCUGGAGGGGCUGGCGGUGCUGGUGAGGGUGCGGGGGCCUCCGUGCACUGACAGUCUGCGCUGGACCCACAGAGCCUUCAGAGGGUGCAAAUUCCUGGACAGGGUGACUGCCCUGUCGAUGCCUGAGACUGUCAUCAGAACGGACGGCGGCAACGUCUCCGAUCUCCGCCAGUGA